AUGACCAACCGCAACCCUCCGUGGAACGACUACAACACACGGAACGAACCGAAACACCACAAUCCCCAGACGAGUGAUUUUUACAAUCCUCACCACGAGUGGCCUUUAUCAUACUCCGAUUCCACCACUUCCCCAUAUCUGCAGCAAACCUCAACACGCCCUGCUGCCAAAAGCUCCUUCACCUUGCCGUCCACAGACAACACCGGCUACUCGGCGCCAAUUCCCCCACGACUCAAAGACUCUAGGCGGGCUACAUUCUUGUCUUCGGCAGGCACUGAAGAAUACGACAGGUCAGUAUGGCAUCGCUCUCAGGCAGUGCAACCCAUGCGUGAAUUUGACCCUUCUAUCCACCAUGGCAAGUCGCAAUUCAUGCCAGACUAUGUUGACACGCUGCAAAGCCAAAUGAAUCUUAUAGGCUACGCUGAGAGUGAUGACGACCAACCACAUCGCAAUACGGGUCAGCAGUCCGCAUCCAAGCACAGAGGUGAUAGCCGUCAUGCCUCAUCAAAGAAGGAAGAUAUACCUCGGGUUGCCAAACCAAUGUCACCAUACGAGAGGGAAGUUGCAGAUGCUCACGAAACACUCGGACUGCUUGAUGCUACCAUUAACAAGGAACUUGAUAUGCAUCAUGUGAAGACCAUUGUCAAGGAAUACAUGCAAGCUUUCCCGUCCGAGACAGAGAGAUUCGUAUCGGCAUUCAAGACUAUCUGUCAGUUCCAAAAGAUGAAAUUCGGAAAGGCCAGUUCGUAUGAGCGAGCCGUGCAUAGCAGAUCAGUGGCUCCGUCUUCGCGCGAUGAAGGUCCUGAUCAUCGUUCUGCUCCUCGAGGGGAAACACAAGAUAGGCUUAGGAAGUCGCAGGCACCUCCGGGAAUCAGGAGAGAAGAGCUCGCUAGGGACUCUCAGUCAUUUCAUGCCGAUACAACACAAAAUCCUCGAAAGCGCGGGCCCUUCCGUGACUCUUCCAGUGAAGACAGGACACCGCCUGCAACUGGCACAUCGGAGCCCAAACCACCAGUCAGUCCACCCAAGAAGCGUCAAAAGCUUCUGCCUACUGGCACAUCGGGCGAAGGGAACAUCAAAUCACUACUCAAAAAGAAGCAAGAUCUUCAGGUUACGACAACCGAGCCUGUCAAACCAGUGGAAAAUGCGAUUACAUCUGGGGUAGGUAUGGUUGCCUCCACCCCGGACAAGAAGGACUCCCCACGAAUGGCACCCUCGAUUGAUAAACAAAAAACGGAUAAUCGUCCGGGUGGAACCACAAACCCUUUGAUACCAGGCGCACGUACGGUGGUGAAGCCAGUGGCAAAUACGCCUUCAACUACCUUCGCUAAUCUAUUGGCUGCCGCACAAGGUAGCAACUUGCAGGAAACUCAGGGGAAAGAUCAAAAUGUUCCGUCGACGAGCAAAGCGCAAUCCAAGCAAACUCCUACAGCAAGUCCACCAGUGACCGAUCCGAAAAAAGGGACUUCUAAGACCACGACUUUCUCUACUCAGAAGCCAUCUAGCCCACAUGAUUCACCGAAGAAGCCCUCGUCGGCUUCAUCAUCUCACGCUGAAAACGAUCCGAGACAGGUAAAAAAAGAUGGUUCUGGCAAUGAGGCACUUGCAAGUUCCUCUUCACCACCCAAAACUCGUACUGAGCGGCCUGCAUCUGGGAGUAUGCUCAUGAAAACUUCUCAGACUCAGCCCGAUGCAAAGUCUACUAGUCAGGCGACUGCACCCAGCUCGACAAAUUCCAAGGUUACAUCUUCUGUUAAAUCCACUGCUACAACUGACGGACCGCCAAUAGCCGGCAAUCUGUCGAAGCUUGCCCGGUUGAAACAAAAGCGCAAUGAGCGACAGAAUCGAUCUCCGGACGCCGCUACAUCACCACAAGCGACUCCAACAUCAUCCGCUGCACAGAAAGAGAAAAACAGCACUACUCUACUAAAUUCGAAGCCUUCUGUCCUUGCGAAUGAGAACACUCCCGGGAAACCGAAAAAAGGGGCUGUUUUGAGCAUUGCCGCGUCCAAACCAGGCAACACUACCGAAAGCACUGUCGUUUCGCACGGCACCGCUCGAUCCGAAGGCCCCGAUGGUGUAAUUCAGACUCAGGCCAAGUCUUCUUCUCAUCCCACCCCGAAGACCACCAAGAAACUAAAUCCAAGUAAUCCAUCCUUCAAAGCUACACCGAGUGCCCCCAAGACUUCGCCCAAAACCGGCAUCCGUCCAUCUACCGUGGGAGUACAGCCCUCGGAAAGGGAGUUGCAGACUGUAUACCGUGAACCGUCUGAAGUAGUCCAUCUCAAAAACGUCCUACCAGCACCCAUCAAGGAUGCCGAACCCUACUUCGAAUUCGCUCUUUACGAGAAGUUUUGGUCUGACGAUAACGGGGACUCGCGCGUCAUUGCAAAAGAACCGCCUGGAUACCUCGUCACAUCUGUAGAAAAUGCCAACCAUCGCGCUAAAGAUUACUUCAUGGAAACCAUCAACCACCACUGCAAUGCACUCCGUGUCAAAGUCAUGAACACUAAAAGCACUCGCAGCAACGUCGAUGAUUGCAUGACUUUCAACGCCACUAUGGAGAGCGUGGACAUGCCGGAUCGCAAAUUGUACCUUGAGGUUGCAAUUAAAAGGUACUUUGUUGAUGCCGCCACGGCAAGCAUGCGGCCUCCGCCCCCCGACACCCCUUAUAUUGCGAAGAUGAUGUAUAUAGUGAAUCUAUACCGAUUAGUCGAGGUCCCCGAGCAGCAAGAGCAGACUGCCGAUCGAGCUACUACUAGUUCUUCUUCACGCUCGCGCUCAUUCUCCUCCUCAUCCUCCAGCUCAAGCUCCAUCUCCAGCAGCGGAGACGAAAACGACAGCACUUCCUCCAUGUACGCCAGGCGUCACAAAGAAAAGCUUGCAAACGCUCACAAGCGAAAGCGACGUUCGACCACCAGUAACGACAAUGAUCAAAAACACACAUCCCAACCAUUAUCUAAAGAACCUAACUACCUCCGAAUCCAUACCCGUCCUCUACCUUCCAACCGCUGCGAAGCCUAUACCACCCGCGCAACAGCUAAUGCCGCCGCCUUCGCGGUUCAGGUUGAUCUCAGUCACGACAAGGAGGCGCGCGGCGCGAAUGCGAGGUGGCAGGAGCAAAAUGUCAGAGUGUUGAGAGAAAAGCUUGAUGCGUUGCAUACCGAGGAAGAACAAGAUGAUGGCUCAAGUCAUGAAGAGGGGAAGGGAUGCUGGAGAAGCGAGUUCAAUGAAAGUGGGCUUGGUGGAGCAAAGUUUGAGAUUGUAGUGCAAAGAGUCGGUGUUUGUGGGCCUAGGAAUGUUUAAAGGAAUGAACGGUUAUUGGAGCUACAGUCGCGGAACAGUUGGUGAUAUGGAUUUAUUUCUUUUCCUGAUUGUUGACUAGGGAGUUCUUGUUUCUUUCGGCGUCUGCGAGCGAUUCCAUAACGACCGGAAGUGAUAUAUCUCACUGUCUCUUAACAUUCUUUCUCCUCUUCACGGAUGAGACAUUUCAGAUAUCUAUUUGUAACCUUCUGUAUAUCAUGUUUCUCAUAUGUAUAGAUGAAUUGCCUCUCUUCUU